AUAUCAGACGCAAUUCGGCUACCGCGCACUCUUGCGUAUUCCUUUGCCGUGAAAGUAUCCGCAAAUGAAACAGAAAUUACUUUAUAGUUUUUAAAUUAUUUGCUUUUCUGUUCCGGAUACUUGGUUUGUCAUAAUGCGAGUGUUGCUAGUUAUUACGUUUUGUGUCAUCGGCGCUUACGGGAAGGUUUUACCGGAUUACUUCCCGCAAUGCAAGAAGAACGAUCCGCAAAUAGAGAAAUGUAUCCUAGACGCGAUAGACGUCCUGAAACCUAAGCUGUUGGGUGGUAUCCCCGAGAUCAAUGUGCCGGCGUUGGAGCCCUUCAGUGUACCAACCUUGAAACUUGACAGGACGGCUACCAACCUAAGGUUAAAAGCAACCAUUAAGAAUAUGAAAGCGUACGGCGGAAGCAACUUUAAGAUUGAAAAGUUUAAUUUGAACCUGAACAACAAGUACAUAGGCGAGAUGAAGUUAGUCCUGCCCAAACUGGCUGUGACCGCAGAUUAUGAUGUGCGCGGCUCCCGGAUACUCACCCUGGAUAUCAGUGGCAAAGGGAAACUUAAGAGCAAUUUUACUGGAAUCACAGUGUUAGUAAAAGGAUCAGCGAAGGCAAUUGAGAGGGAUGGUGUGGAAUACUUGCAGCCUGAGAAGAUUAUCACAAAGCUGAAAAUUGGCCACGGCCAGAUUGCUGUAGACGAUACUGAGAGGCCGGUUGCUGCAACAUCAGCAGCCGCAUUCUUCAACGCCAGUCCAGGAGUUGUUCUGGAUAUUCUGAACCCACUGAUAGAAGAGAGCAGCGCCGCCAUCUUCAAAGCUUUCUUCAAUAAAAUACUCUCAAAUAUACCACUUAAAGAGAUAUUGGUGGAAGACGCAUAAAUUUAUUAUUAUUGACGACUGUGUGAUAUUUGUACAUAUGUAUUUUUAAGAAUAAGCUAGGAGUAUUGAAGUUUCGGAAUCACUUUAAAGUUCCGUAUAAAAAUAACCGAUAGAAAAAAGGUGUUAGAAAUUGUAAAGCUUACUUUAUCUAAAUGUCAAACCAAAUAUCGGAAUCUCUAUUCUUUUAGUAGAAUUUAAUUACCAAUUUUACAUUUCUACUAUUUCCUACUAUACUAUCUUCGACAAACAAAUUGUGGCAGUCAUUUUAAAUAUGAUAAACUCGCAAUCGACGUCACGGUUUCUAGCUAGUUUCGUAUUAGUGAUUAGACUUUAAUAUAUUUAUAAUAACUGUAAAUUAUUUUUUUACCAAGAGUGCGGUUAACACCAAAGAAUUAAAUCUACUUAAAAUCGUUCCGUUUUUUUAUAAAUGCUUUGUAAAUUCAUAGCAAACUUAUUUACGAGUAUUGAGAAGAUAUAUUUUAAGAGACGCUUCUAGAAACAUUUGGUAUAAAAACGGAAUUAUCGGACUAUGUAUUCUAUUGUAUUGGUGAAAAUUACUGUAUUAAAUUUUUUAGUAUA